AUGGAAGAGAUGGACCCCCCCAAAGAACAGGCAGAGCCUGUAGAUGCGUCAAAUAUCCCUCUACCUUCAGCUGUACCCCGCGAGAUGUCAAGAAAUGCAACAAAUGAACGGAUGGCGAAAACGGAUGGCGACCUGGCCUGUGAUGAACUCCUCAACAGCUAUCUCGACCGCUCGGAUUUUGUGUCCACAUUUUCGCUGGACAUUUUCAGGAAAUCCCACCCCCCUGGCUAUGAUGUGAAAAGGGCGGCCAGGCUGUUGUCGGACCUACCUGAUGCUCUUUGGUCUUUCGCGGAAAAACUGAGCUUCAACGGAUCCGAGCUUUCCCAAAGGUUUGGGGUGAUGGUUUGUAACAAUUCAGGCGAUAUCGCUAACGCCGUAUGCGAUUACUACACCAACGGAAUUGCCGACGGCCUUACUAAUGGAGGACGGUCUCUUUACUUAACAACAUCGGUCGAUAUUAGCAGCUCAGCGGCGGGCGGGCAGCGAAGUUUACAUUAUUCAGAGCUUCUAGAACAGUUCCCUGCGUAUAGGUGGUUGGUUGGCUGUGCUCGGAAGGUCCUUACCUUGGACACCCUAGGUGAAAACAUGAUACAAGAUAUCGCUCGGGCGUUUCGUUUUGAGUCUCCAUCAAGUAAAGCUGAUUGCACCCUCCCACUAACUCUGCACGAUGUCGAUUUCGUACUCGAUUGGGAUCCGCGGUUAUUCCUGCGUGUGCAGGAAUAUGCGGGUAACUCGGCCAAUAUUUUCGACCAUGUCAUCACUUUGACUGGAUCCCUGGAUAAUGCACAGGCACUGACAUGUGUCCAGUACAUGCGUCAAACAUGGCCAGAGAGCUCAGACUGUGUAAUCAGUCUCUUUCACAAGUUGUUAGAAGGUAGAGCACAGUGUUCUAGCUCAGGUUCACUCCGAGAUGGUACUGUUCUUAUAGGAUUAUUCGAUUGUUCCAAAGUAGUGGUUCAUGCCCAGGGACUUCACCACGCCAUCGUCGAGAUAGGACAGCAAUUGGCCUGGUUAGGCGCGGCGUUGCAGUCAGCACCCGACGAUAGAAUUGUAUACUGUCGACCAGAGAUGCAUAACCAUACCUUCAUGAAAACCCUGAUAUAUGAGCUCAAAUUCACCUUCCGGCAUGGACAGACUGGACAGCCACCACGCAACGGGCGGUGCUGGCAUAGUCUAUUCAGCAACCCCGUUGUAGUGUAUGGCUUCCCUAUUCGACGACGGCACCUGGUGAAAUCUGGCUUAGAUAUCCCACUCAAUAUCUUAGGCCGGCUCGUGCCAUCGCGCCGCAUUGCAAGCUUUGGUGGAAAGGUCUGUAUCAAGGGUCAUUGUACGAUCCUCAUGCCAACGAAGGUCGUAGAUGAUGCUGUGAUAUGGCAUCUGAUAUCCAAUGACCAUGGAUGCUAUAUGGACUAUACCGACUUUCGAAUCGACGCCAUUCCCGGAUUAUACCCUGCAGGCAUUGACACCAACCUCGUUGGCUUUCGACACAUUGUAGGUUGGUGCCCCGAAGCAGAAGUCCUUACAGCAUCGCCAGGGGCGGAGUAUGGCAUCGAAUGGUCUGGGCUGAAUAGGGCCGACACCGGAUGCGACCUUCAAGAUGUCGUUAUUUCCCGCGGUACCGUAAUCCCAAAUCAUGAAACUCUGGCGAUAGGAAAGAAAGACAGGCCUCCUCGUUAUGAGUUCGGUGAGUACCUCCACAGAAUCUUGUCAAUCACCAAGAAAUAUGCGGUCUUCUACGACGUGUCCACCAGACGAGCCUGGCUUGUCGAUGGGGCAAGCGCUCUGCUACACCUGGUCCGGGCAUCCCUAAUGCUCAGUUCCUCUGAGGACCCGAUGCAGGAGUUUGUUUUCAGUCCCGAGUUGCUUGAACAACAUCCUAGUCCCGAGGGCGGGCCUGCUUCUGCCAUAUCCGUUCUGAAAAGUGAAAGGAAUUUGAGCCAGCGGCUGCAUCGCAACAUGCCGGAGACAUUUCAGGAUAGGGUUGAUGCUAUAUACCAUUUAUUGGAACAAGCAUACGCAUAUCAAACCCGGGUCAAUCUCCAAAGGAGCGCCGGAAUAGCCCCUGGUCGCCAGGCCCGAAGGCUGCUGGAAGGAUUUGAUUUUAUGGACCUCGCUGCAGACGAGGAUCACUUCAACGCUCGUACAAUGAGCGCGUUUGACGGUCUCCCGAGAUGGCACAGACUCGCAGGAGCAAUAAAUGCCAUUACUCUAUUCGGCAGAGGGUUCGGUGAUCUUCUGAAACCAAAGGAGAUGGUUCCUGUCUGCUCCUCAUGGACCACUGUCCCAUCAGGAAAGGAUUACCUCGCUGCGAGGGCUGAAGACAUUCAGACAAUCAUGAGGAAAAAGGGCAACAGCUCGGGCUCGCCGUGGCGUGUUAUAGACGACGUCUAUUGGCAUAUGCCUGACAAACUAUUCGAGAAUUGCCCAUGCAUUGAAGACUAUUCGAAGGAACGCUGCAGUCACACUCAAGCACUGCUAGUUGGCCCUGAGAUUCCCAAACAUGGAAUUGUCAGCCCAAUUAGAUUAGAACCCUACGGCGCUAUUAUCUUCGACGGCUCCCCUGUAAACGGUCUCCUCUCGACUCCGAAUAUAUCGUUUUCCUCGACCUUGAGCGAAUCGACCUUGAGCGGAUUCAAGAGCCCUGCCAACGACAGUGCGAUUAGUGUUGGAUACAGCCCUAGCUCAGGCACGCAUGGGAGUGGUUCCUCCAAGGCUGAAGGGAAGCGACCGGCGAGCGACUGGACUCCUGUACCAAAUCCCCGGAAACGGAUUCGUCGGGACUCCUCAAACUCGAGCGGCGAUAUAAAUAGCUCAGAGAGAGCCUCUGACAUCGGCGGCCGAUCUGGCAAUGACUGUUUCCUGACGUUCGGAUCGUCAUCCCAGGGCUCAUCAGCGGACAGCCUCUGGGAGUCUCGAGUUGAAGCCAGCAUCCCCAGUCGCAUCGCAGGGAUGCAAAAUGCGGGAGGUAUUGAACUGGACCCGGCGGAAUACAAAGUUGGCUGGAUUUGUGCACUGCAAAUAGAGCUGGAUGCGGCGCAGAAAAUGCUGGACCGGGUGCACACCAAGGGCUUCGGACACGGAAUGGACUGCAACCUCUAUAUCCUAGGGCAGAUCGGCCGGCUGAAUGUCGUGCUAACCUGCCUUCCCAUGGGCCAAUAUGGGAAUAACAUCGCAGCUGUGGUAGCGACGCGCAUGAUGAAUCGGUUCCCUAAGAUCGCCAUAGGGUUGAUGGUCGGCAUUGGAGGAGGACUACCAAGCGCGAAGCAUGAAAUCCGGCUUGGAGAUGUGGUUGUCAGCAUUCCACAUCUUCAGUAUGGAGGUGUUGUGCAGUACGAUAUGGGCAAGUUUACCAGUGACGGCUUUAUCACAACGGGAUCACUCAAAGCUCCCCCAGAGAAGUUAUUGCAGGUGCUUAACUUUAUGCCUCGCCACGGUUCCUCGAUCGCUGCACUCCCUGAUAUCGAAUACCCUGGGGCCGAACUCGAUCGGCUAUUUGAAUCAUCCUAUGCUCACACCGGGGAUGCCGAUACUUGCAUCUCCUGUGACACUCAACAGGUCGUGCUACGACCAAUGACCCGGACGACCACAUCUCCUCACGUCUUUUACGGGACAAUAGCCUCCGGAAAUUCAGUGGUCAAGAGCCCGAAGAUAAGGGAGAUCCUCAUCCAGAAACACGGUGUUCUGUGCUGUGAGAUGGAAGCCGCGGGCUUGAUGAACACAAAGUUUCCAUGUCUUGUCAUUCGCGGCAUCUCGGAUUACGCUGAUUCGCACAAGAACGAGAUAUGGAUCGAGUACGCAGCCGCGGCGGCGGCUCAAUAUGCUCGGGAUCUUCUUCGGGCAAUGCCUGCCGAUAUUGCGCUUUCGGAUGGAUGA